CACAGGAGCCCCUGACAGUGCCCGUGCCUGGCUGUGUGAUCGCUGCCUGGCGUCUCUGCCGCUCCGCUGGAUGUUUGCGCAGAGGACACCUGCCUCCGCCACUGACUGCACCGACCCCCGCGGCAAAAUCCACCCUCGUUUCCACCUCUCAACUUUUGCAACGCGUGUUUUUUUUGUACGUGUGUUGCACCUGUUCCAACACUAUGUUUGCAUCGGGUGAAUUCCCCCUGUAGAGCCGGGCGUUUGACUUCCAACUUGGCACUUGAUGGAUAUUUGUGACAGGUGUGGAAAGUUGCCCUGCGUCAGGGAGUAUGGGCGCAAACUUUAAAAGCUUUUUCUUGUUUUUUAUCAUCGAGAGAUUUUUUUUUUAUAUUUUAUUUUUUUAGAAUGAAGGCAGGUGAGUCACCCCUCGCGUGAGAGGCGCGCAAAAGCUCCGGGGCUCACCAGGUACUGGAAAGGAAAGGCGACACGGAGGAAGUCGUGAUCUGUGCGGCGGAUUGCGCCACGGAGGACGGAGGAAACGGACCGAUGAGACAACAUGGGUCCAUUGCUGUGUGAUGGACGACUGACACACCUCCUCUUUCCUCUCCUGCUCCUCUUGCGGGCUCCCCUGCUGUUCAGCUUUGGCGAGCGUACCUGUCCCAAUAGCUGCCGAUGUGAGGGGAAAACUGUCCAUUGUGAUUCAGCUGGCUUCUUAGAUGUCCCAGAGAACAUCUCAGUAGGCUGCCAAGGCCUCUCCCUGCGCUACAAUGAGCUGCACACCUUGCUACCAUAUCAGUUUGCUCACCUCAGCCAGCUUCUUUGGAUAUACUUGGACCAUAAUCAGAUAUCAGCUGUUGACAGUCGAGCGUUUCAGGGCGUCCGAAGGCUUAAAGAGCUGAUACUGAGCUCCAACAGGAUCACAUCUCUGCACAAUUCAACAUUCCAUGGAAUUCCCAAUCUGCGCAGUCUGGACUUGUCUUACAACAAAUUGGAAAUCCUGCAGCCGGGGCAAUUCCAUGGCUUACGGAAACUGCAAAACCUACACCUACGCUCAAAUGGUCUCUCCAACAUCCCGAUUCGAGCAUUCCUGGAGUGCAGAAGUUUGGAGUUUUUGGAUUUGGGCUACAAUAAAAUCAAGGCUCUUACCCGCACCACCUUUCUGGGGCUGCAGAGGCUGAUGGAGUUGCAUCUGGAGCACAACCAGUUCUCACGGAUCAACUUUUUUCUCUUUCCACGCUUAGCCAACCUGAGAUCGCUCUAUCUCCAGUGGAACCGCAUUAAAGUUGUCAACCAGGGCCUUCCAUGGACUUGGUAUACGCUGCAGAAACUUGAUCUAUCUGGAAAUGAAAUCCAAACCCUGGACCCUGCUGUGUUUCACUGCUUGCCCAACCUUCAAGUCCUCAACCUGGAGUCCAACAAACUGUCCAAUGUGUCUCAGGAGGCGGUGUCGGCAUGGAUCUCACUGACCACCAUCAGUCUUGCUGGGAACAUGUGGGAUUGUGGAACUGGCAUAUGCCCACUUGUGGCUUGGUUGAGGAAUUUUCGAGGUAGUAAAGACACGACGAUGAUAUGCAGCAGCCCAAAGUAUCUCCAGGGAGAAAAAAUUAUGGAAGCCACAAGGAGCCAUGGUAUUUGUGAGGAAACUGAUUACGUUCUGACUGAAACGCCCUCACCAAUGUCAGAGCUCAUUUCUGAAGCCACCGGUGAACCAACCUUCGCCCCUACUAGUGGAUCUCCACCUUUGCCACCAGCGAGCACCUUUGGUCCUGUUCCACCAUACAGACCAAGACCAAUUCCUCACCCUACCUUUCCAGGGCAUAUGAGCAAAGACCCAAGAGACUCAGUUCCUCGAGCUCGACCCACUCCUCCACCACCCCCAGAGAUAGAGCACAUGACUCUGCACAAAGUGGUGGUGGGCAGCGUGGCCCUCUUCUUCACCAUGUCCCUAAUCUUGACAAUUAUCUAUGUGUUGUGGCGGCGCUACCCAGGUGCAACCAGGUUGCUCCAGCAGCGAUCCAUGGUGGGGCGGAAGCGUCGCAAAAAGAGUCCAGAGCCCGAGCAGAACCUGAGCUCCCAGCUCCAAGAGUAUUACAUGAGCUACAACCCUGCUGCCACACCAGAGGCAUUGGAGGUGCUAGGCAAUGGCACUGGUUCCUGCACAUGCACAAUUUCUGGCUCCAGGGAGUGUGAGAAUGAGUAUACAUGCCCACGCCCCCUACCUGGUGCCUGGUUGGGAGAUGUGCCUAGCAUCCAUUAACCCCUAAAAGGAACUACUUUGGAUGGUGCAGCAAACCACAAUGAAAGACAAGAGAAAGACAUAUGCAGAGAACCCAUCAGGAUCCCAUAAUUCAUUUAAAACGGUCCUCCACGCUAACAAGGGCAACCACUGACCAAGACAAAGAGGAGAUAACACUGUCUUUUUCUUUCUUAAGAUUUUAUAAUGUCUUUUUUUUUUUGUGGUCUUCGAUCAUCGGCUUUGCUGCAUUCCAUCAUCACGUCACAAACACUGACACAGACGGUUGUGGAGUCCUGUGGUGAAGAGCAGAAGACUCAUGAGCACUAAUGGAUGGUUAUACUCAACAUGGGAGAUUAUUGUAUAGACUUUAAUACCUUAUUGUCUCCAUGAGGACAACGUGGCGUUGCUUUAAACACAGGCGACCAGACUGUACAAAUUCAAGAGGCUUUAAAAAAAAGUGUAAACUGAGCAAAUGCACUGAAAGUGGCUCGGACCGCUCUGCUAACAACAGCUGUGUAUAAUUUAAAGUGAUUUUCGACUCCAUAUGAAGCAUCAUGUUAUCACCUUUCAAUAUAUAUAUAUAUAUUUUUUAAGAAAGACUAAUCAAAGGCUCGGAUGGUGUAAAUGUGCCUCACUGGAGCAGAAACAUUAUGAAAGGCGUUCCCGUCGGUAAAAAGAGGAAUCCGCUCCGUCAGAUGGAAAUCAAGUCAGCAGCUGGAAGAUUCUUUGAAGUCUGUUGAGGAAAAGUUUGCCAGAGGAAGUUACCCCCCCACCCCC